AUGUCUCCUACCCGACAGGAAAAGAAGCAGCAUGACCGUGAUGGUUUUGCAAUGCACCAGGUCAAUCACGGCAACGAUGAGAAUCUGGCGGGCAGACUCGACAACGCAGAAUAUGCCACUCAAACCUCCCGUACGUCUCAGGCACUUUCCGACACUACCGGACUCAUCUCUUCGAUCGACCCAUACUCGGAUCGCAUGGCCCAAGCUGAGGCCAGAAGACACAGAUACGACCUGGCGAGGUCUACCAGUGCUGUCAUCCCCAUCACGGCUGGUAUAUCCCACAACAAGCUCUGUGCAAACUGUGGAGGAGACGGCCAUCUCUUGGCUAACUGCGUCACGGCUGAGCAUGGCGCAAUCUGGGUCUGCGUCUUCUGCAAGACCAAAGACCACUUCACCGAUGCGUGCCCGUCUUUCAAGAAGCUGGGCCUGGCAGCCAAGGUUAAGCUGCUUGUCACGGAUCGUGCUGGCAAACCGCAGCUAUCCACCCACCGGUGUUGGUGUGUUUAUCUGCACGAUUUCUUGGUAUCAGAGGAGACCAAAGACCUCCCUGCCCCGACGGGGUUCCCUUGGCGAUUGACCUUUGCCGAGGAUCUCUACAAAGCCAGAACCAUCCAUGAGAUCCAGGAAGAGUUCGGCAGAACCGGCGACGAAUCCAAAUUGCCCAAGGAUUUGGUAAUGCAACGCCUGGAGGACGUCUAUUUGCGCUACUGGAAGAUUGAGGAGCUCCCUUGGCCCCGCCGCCCAAGCGACAUGUCGAAUCUCUCGAAAGAUAUGCCUAGCUGGCAGACAUACGGUUUCUCCGACGAAGAAGAGAAUACCCCUAAUGCCGGCCUACUUGCGGGACACAUCUAUUUGCCUUUUGCACUCGCCACAUGGAUCGGCGUUGAUAUCCGUCCAUUCGCGGACGAGGUCACCAACCUACUGGAUAUAGCACAACUCAUUGCUACUUCUGGCGAGGAUGCUAUCUCGGGCAUCAACCAUCAUAUGCAUAGGGUCUCAGGAAGCACCAGUGCGCUCGUCCAUUGGACAACGGUCCCAAAUCGGCUGCUGGGUGAGUGGUUGGUUGAACGCCGCUCAGGGCAUAAUGUUCUCGUGACACUUGCAGCUGCUUUUGAAACUGUUCGGGUUCUGGUGCCAAGUGUGGCGUCCACCUCUGGACUCGGCGGCCAACCCCGACAACUAGUUCGACAAAGUACCUGUCAAGAACCAUGGCGGAAUCGAUGGAGAGAGAAUUUCGGGCUGGUACCGUAUGCCUCCCUACAAGAAAAGGAGAUGCUUUCGGAGCUAUCAGAGCUCAGGAAAGAGAACAAGGAGUUGCGGGACGGUCAGAAGCAUCUGCAAGACCUCUUUGUCAAGGGUGUCAAGGAGCAGAAUGAUCUCAUGCAGAAAGGCCAACAAGAACAAAGAGAGCUCAUGCUCAAUAUGAAGCAGCAGCUGGAUGAUAUGCGGUCUGAAUUGACUCAGCUGCGUCGAGCGAGGGAAGCAUCAGGUGACGUUGUACAGAGCUAUCCGGAAAGGUCUAGCCUUCCUGAAGCCACCUUCAUCGCCCCCGGAAGUCCUGAGCUGGGAACAAAUCCUUGGUAG